AACCAUGGACUACAUUCGAGAGUUCGACAUUCGUCUGGAGAAGGAAAUGUACUACGCUGGCGAGACCCUCGCAGGCCAUAUCAUUGUCAACACCGUGGAGAACUUCAAAUUGAGAGCGAUCCGAGUUAUGCUCAGGGGCAAGGCACACGCCGAAUGGAAGGUGGUGGUUAGCGGGGACCGGCGGACGGUGAAGGACGACCAGGUUUUCAUCGACGACCGGGCCGUCAUAUGGGGAAAAGAAAAGAGUGAUGGCAGCCUUCCCAUACUGCCCCGGGGCCAGCACGCGUUCGCAUUCCGGUUCCAGCUGCCCGAGAGCAAUCUACCAUGCUCGUUCGAGUCACGGCCCUGCACAGUGCGCUAUUACGUCAAGGUCACUAUGGACAUCCCGUACGCAUCCCCGCCGCAGGGCAUGAAGUACUUCACCAUCAUCGGGCCACACAUCGACUGCAUGGACGAGCAGUAUCUCAAACCAUUGGUCGGCCAGGACAAGCGCGCAGUGUGCUGCCUCUGCUGCCAGAGGGGCGUAGUGAGCUUGCGUAGCGCCCUCGAACGGUCUGCCUACUGCUGCGGCGAGAGUUUGCGUCUCAAGGCCGACAUCGACAACCAAAGCGAGGAAGAAGUGCGGCUCAAGCUCAAGCUCGUACAGCACGUCGAGUUCUUCAUCGACCGUGGCGUGUUGGGCGUGAACAAGGAGGCGACGCACACAGUGCUCGAGUACCGCGGCGACCAGAUCCACCCGCACACGCGGCAUAAGUUCGACAGCUCCAACAGCCUCGUGGUACCCGUGAUGCCGCCCACUGUGGUUGGGGUGUGCCGCCUCCUGCAGAUGUAUUAUGUGCUCAAGGUAUGGGUGGAGAUGGAAAAGUCCGGCGAUGACCUGGUGAUGAACUUUCCCAUCACUAUUGCCACCUGUCCAUUCAGGAUUCCCAAUUCUAAGCAAGAGCCCUGCAUCGACUAUGCCGUCUGCUGCGAUCACGUGGAAGGAGGAAUGUACAUCGGACCCGAGUUCCAGUUGGGUCAAGUGUAUGACGGCUCGAUGGGUGUCGAGGAGGGCGAGACAGUUGUGCUGUACAGGCCAGUGUACGUGUCCAUUCGGAACCCGACCCGCGGUAGCAGCACUUCCACUGCUGGUGGCAGCUCCGCAGGAGGGCAGCACCAGCCUGCCGCCACAAGCGACGACCCGCCACAACGACAGCUCGCCAUGGCGUAACGCUCGUAGGUCGGCGAUUGCCAAGUGGGCGAUGCCAAUGUGCCGCACGUGAAAAUGCCUUUCUCUCCAUUUAGCUUCGAAGCCUGUUUCACGUUAGCGGGGGCCGCUCCCGGCCUUAUACAGUGCAUUCCCCGAAGUGCACGAGGUCGGAAAACAAGAUUUUCCAAGCCGAGAUCACGCUGACGCGCGCGCAUCCUAAGCCAUCGUCAUGAAAAGGAAAUUACAUUACCGGACAUAUAAAAACGCUGUAAUGUCAGUCACUACUUAUUGUCACACUAUUCCCUACCUUGAUAUAGGUGCUGUUGGUAAUGGCAGGGUUAGCAACAUUACUGAAUAAGCGAGGUAAUCACUAUUGCUAAUUGGUCUGAAGUUCAAAGCACAGUUAGCACCACUGGAUACAAAGUUCAUAGCCUACAACCCAUAUAUCAGACCCACUCUAGAAUACGCAAGAGGUGGUACAAAAAUGUGGUAUAAGCAGAAUAAAUUUUGCACCCUGUGGCGCUAACUGCAUUUGGAAUUGGUAGCUGGGACCCAUUAGUAAUAGCGACUACCUUGUUUAGUCACUAAUGUUAUUAGCUCUACCCUUACCAACCGCAGUUCUGCAGUAACUGCAAUUACAUUUUUAAAGAUGGUAUUAAUUAGUAAAAUGGGACAAGCGUGUAUAGUAAGUUUUAACAGAAUAUGAAAAUUUGUGUGACAUCAAUGCAAAUAAUUCAGCACAUUGUGUUCUCUCAAGACACAAAUAUUCGCGUUGGAAUGAAAAGAGCAUCAUUUAUGCGAAGUUUUGCUUUCAGUCUGCUGGCGACAUCUUUGUAGCAGCAUUACGUCGCUGUUUUUAUACUUUUAUUCAAUUAUUAUUAUCAUUACAUACAUGUCGACUUUCUUUAAUUCCGGCGUGCUUUUAAAUGGGCAGGGAAAAUAUUUUAUCGUUUGUCAGUCCAAUAUUGCAAGAAUAUUCCUUGUUCGGAACAUUACGAGUGGCAACGAGAAACGAAGCAAGACUGAAUGUGGAUACACAGCGAUAAGCCAAAUGCGUCGAAGUGUUUGUUCUUUCUUCGGCAUCCUGUGUAUACAUACAGGGGCAUUACUCUGUACAAUUUGAGAAAACGAAAAACUGUCAGUAAAGCAAGUUAGUCCCACACUGGAACUACGGACGUCGACACAGAAUUCCAACAAGCCGCCUGCCAUAUACGGAAAUAAAAACCAAGCAUAUUCUAUAAAAAAAGAGGAAUCUCAGUCGAUUGAUAUGAAAAGCGUUGCGAGAGCGGGGUUACCAGCACACAGUCCCCAAGGCUUUCGAUGAUGUGCGCAAAAUUUUGGCGACGCGCACAUCUCCGACGAUACAAAUUCUCGUCCGUGGCCUCAGGCAGGCAGGAGUACCGAUUCGUUUGAUAAGGCAAUCCAACCAAUACGGUGUUGAUUGUCGAUUUGUGCUCCAUCCGUAGCACUUAAACUUUUUGCUGCGUCUGUAGCUGUUUGGCACUUGUGCCUUUUCCCGAUGCCGACAAUCGUGGGCUGUGAGCGCAGCGAUCCGCUUAUCAUAGGUGUUUAGAGACGGAGAUAACAGAUCCACAGUUGCAUGUCGUGCAUUUGACGUCAUCGGCGCUGGUUACGCAAUGUCAGAAUGGAACCACUGGCCGAGGGGCACCGUAGCUUCUAUGACACUUGGAUUUUAAAGACAAAGUCUUGCGUGGCGAGUUACCACUUUUCCGUAUGGGGUGUUUCUUGCCUCAUACCGCAGGGAAAUCCCAGAUCUAGUGCUACUGGGCCCAUAGAGCCGCUGGUCGCCGCGGUGUUCCGAAAAUAUAUACAUAAAUAAAAAAUUGUCGAGUAGAACUUGUUGCUGGCAACAAUUGUCCGACGGCAA